AUGUGGGCACGGUACAACCUCUUGCUUUCAGAGAUAAAUUACAACGAAAGCCGCGCUACGAUUACAGUUCGCACACGGGAAGAUGAUGACGCAUGUUGCUUCAUCUUUUGCUGCAGCCGCAAGGGCACCCGCGCGAGGAGACGCCUACUCCGCUGUGUUGGGCUCUGGAAAGGAGAGAAAUGUCAGCAACCGCCCAUGCUCGUGAAAAUUAUCAGGGGGCCAAACAUUAAGCCACAAUGUCUAACACAGAAGCUAGCUGCACGACCUUGUCGACCGAGAUUGCGCUGCUCCACCUGUUACUUACUUUUUCUAGCGACACCGACACCCCAUAGUUUUCAUAGUAAAUACGACGCAGAAUAUCAUGAAGAUGAACUUCACUUCGCGGAAAUUGUUGACUCUCUACAUAGGAAGCGAAAGCGUGCGGCGCCGGGGAUCAAACUCCAUUUUUGGUGAAUCUGUAAAGGAGCGUUGCUUUCAUGUUGAUGUUCUUCAGUCCGUGCGUCUUUCAAUGACAUUAAGACACGUAGAAGUACUAGAAAGGCUGUUGAUCAAAGAGACAAAACUUCACCUAAACAAAAACAUCACUCGGUCUAGUUACGCACUCUUGUGGAU